AUGACUUCACUCAACCGUACCAAAAUAUUCAUAGGUACAUGGAACGUUAAUGGUGGCAAAAACAUAAACAACAUUGCCUUUCGUAACCAGUCGAACAUGGCCGAUUGGAUUUUCCCGAAUGGGACGCUCGGUAUGUGA